AUGCCCACCUCCGCCGAGCUGCAGCAGGGCUGCUACAGCGGCGAUAACCCGAACGACCUUUCAGUCUACUGGAUUCCCACUCUCUACUAUGUUGAUGGAGACACUUACACCGAAGUGCCAAUUUUCCGCUUCUCGACAUACUACGUUAACAGCUUCUCCGACUUCGCUAUCCCGCAAGAUUUCGCCAUGAUCUCCGGCAAUGCGUCUGCCAAGACUCAAGCUGAGGCUGAUAAUCCUUACAAUGAUCUGGAAUGGUUCUGCGAAGGCUCUGACGAGCGUGAGACUGAUAUUGCCAAGAUGCCUACAAGCACCUGCGACCAGCACCUUCAGUCAAACCUGGUCUUUCCGAACUGCGUGAACCCUGACAACAUUGCCGAGUACGACUUUUCGGACGAAUCCAACAAGUGCCCUGAUGGAAUGAAGCAAAUCCCCCAGCUCCGCUACCGUGUUCUCUAUGACACAAAGUCUGUGGCCCCGAACGGCUGGAGCGGUACCGCUCCCUUCCUGCUCUCCUGCAGUGACACUCCUGGUGAUGGAUACUGCUUCCAUGGCGAUUUUAUUAACGGCUGGUUUCAGGAUGCGACGGAGAACAUGCUCAUCACUGGCGGGGGCGGCUACGAUGACGGCCAGUUUGUCGCUGGUUCUCACGGGUCCUCAGCCGUGGAAGCCACCUGCACGCCCACUGACCAGGAUCCCGAAAAUGGCACUAAUGACUACGAAAUCAGUCUUGAGAUGAAGGCAAAUGGUGAUGCUGUGGUUGACCCUGUCGACUCUGCCCCUAACGAGACUACUAGCAUCAUGGCUACCCCUACUACCAGUGUGGCCAUGUCUGGGGCAUCGGCUCCUGUGACGACCACGUCUUCGGUCGGCCAGUUCAUGAGCAGCACUAACGGUAACCACCAGCCCCAGGGUGGACACAGACCGACUUCUACUCGUACCGUCGGAGGAAAGUUCAAGCGAGCGAUUGCUCAGUAG